AUGAACUUUGAUCAAAACCAAUUUUUCAAUCUAACCUUUAUGUAAGUCAUGAUUUUAUGAACAAAAUAUACAUGUUCUGUACACAGUCGAGCAGUUUUAUCUUAUUCUACCAACUAAAGAUUUUAAUUUUAGAGGUAGACCGCCAGUUCAGCCUCGAUUCCCAAUUCAAAUGCCUCUGGGCGCUUAUUAUGGCUACGAUCCGUAUGAGAAUCCCAACGAAAUACUGCUCCCAAUCGACGACUCUUUCAGGCAAACCGUGCAUCCAGUCGAUGAUAAAGGUCACAUAAUUUUUCAAGCUCCACAGCAACAACAAGGUCCAGCUGAAACUCUACAACAUAAUGUAGUAGACGAUGGUGGAACGACGGCACCGACCAGGAACGUGCUCGAUCCUAAUGAAGAUUUUGAUCCGUAUGGUGGAAACGAGCCAAUUCAACUGGAGGAAAAAGUAAAAAACAUUUCUCUGAAAGAAACUGGCAUCAACGAGCUCGAAUAUCAUCAUGGGUACGGUAAUAUAGGUUGUUGUCAAUUGUAUAAUAUACUACAUUAAAAACUCUAAUUUACAAUAUAAUAUAGAAUAGUUCUGGUUUUUUCAAGAAUAUAAUUGUAGACUACUACCGCGUGAGGACAUAAAUCUUAUGUUGAAAGAACCGGGCGACUUUCUGCUACGAUGUACAUCAACUUCAAGUCAGGGCCAACGCCAAACAUGCUUAUCAGUGAUGGGAAACAAUGGAUAUGUGGAACAUUUUAUGAUCAGGAAUGUUGGCGGACAGUUCUUUUUGACUGAGCAAGUGGGCUUUCCCUCUGUCAUCAACCUUGCCAACCAUUACCUUCUGAAGAAGCUACCUUUCGGCAGUCCUCCAGUCAUGUUGAACAAGCCUGUCUGUAGACAAGACUGGGAGUUCCAUCCAGAACAAGUUAAUUGUGGAAAGGUGCUCGGGCAAGGAGCGUUUGGUCAAGUAUUUCACGGCAAACUCAGAAUAAAGCCUAAUGAAGAAGUUGAGGUAGCUGUCAAAACGGUAAGUAGGUAUAGUAGGGUGAAACAAUGGGGGAGGGGCCUGUGUACCGUGCUGUAGAUGGAAAAACUAUUUGUUAAAAUUUUCAGAUGAAAGUGACCAUGAUGACAAAGGAGAAGAUUGAAGAAAUCAUGAAGGAAGCCAGACUGAUGAGAAUGCUACGACACAAAAACAUCAUCAGAUGCUACGGCGUGUCAGCCGACAGUGAGCCUCUCAUGAUUCUGAUCGAGUUUUGUUCAGGUGGAAGUCUGGACACGUAUCUCAGAGCGAACGGUGUUAAGAUUACUAUCGAUGAGCGUGUUUCUAUGUCGUAUGAUGCAGCUUGUGGUUUGAAUCACAUUCAUCGUAGUCGUAUCUUGCAUCGGUAAGAUUUAUUUUUUACGUUGUUGUGUAAAUUAUUAACGAUUUUAUUAUAAAUUAACGUGUAUAUUGUUCUUGAACGUAUUUUAGCGACAUAGCAGCCCGGAAUUGUCUCUACGGUAACAAAAUACUCAAGAUCAGCGACUUUGGUCUCUCUCGGUUGGCUACUCAAGUUAAGUUGGAUCCCACGGAAAAGGCUCCACUAAAAGCGUUGGCUCCAGAAGUGUUUGCUACGCAAUUGUACACGGCUGCAGCCGAUGUUUGGGCAUUUGGAGUGUUGUUGUGGGAGAUAUUUAACAACGGAGCCGAACCAUAUAAUGGCUGGACGGGAGCCCAGGUCAAACAAGAGGUACCUUUGGCUUGUCGAACUACUGUUAUAUCAGUUAAAUAUACUGUAAAUGUGUUAGGAGAUAAAGAAAAUACUAAUAACAUUGCUUUAGGUAAUGAGGAAGGGAAAUCGACUGGUAAUUCCUGAGUGGACGCCACCCUUUAUGAAAGAUGUCAUGAAGAAGAUCUUCAAUCCUCGAAGUGAACAAAGGCUUCUGAUGUACGAUGUGUUACGGGAGAUCGACGCUGGGAGAAAAAAGUCAACUAGGUAAGGAUUAAUAUAUAUUUGAUAGUUCUCAAAUUUUUAUCAGAAUAACAUUGAGUGAAAGUAUCAAGUGUUGAUUUUUCAGUAAGAACAAGCACAAGAAGGGUAAAGCAGGUGGCAAAAUGUCACAACAAGUAUCGAUGAGCAGAGAAGCGUUGGUAGGCCUUGACAAGAAGAACAAGAGACCCAACAACAAGACUACCUCCAAGGAACGAGGUCGUACUAAAACAAGCAAGAAGAGGUACGCCAGUCGAGAGAAGCCAUCCAGAGAAACCAUUUCCAAGACGCAGACCAAUUCGAAGGAAGGCAGUUUUUCAAAAGAAGGUCGCACUUACAAACAAUAG